CGCUGCUACGCGGCAAGCGUAUCAACUGAAUAAAACGUUUGAAUUUUAACGGUCGCUAUCCGUUUUUUUGUGGUGCACUAUUGUGUUUUCCCUCGAUUUAAAUGCCUCGCAAAGGAGCAGCUGCAAAGUGAUUUAACAAAAAUAUACGUCGAAAAAACUCAAUUUAAUAUUGUUUAGCUGAAUGAAUUUACAGUUUCGAAAUCUUGAAGGACUGAUGCUCUAAAUAUACGGAUUAUUUGAACGAGAAUAAUACAAUACAACUCGGAGUAUUUCAGAAGUUAUGCCUUUGUGAUCCACGCUUUCAAGUUGACUGUUUCUUUUCCGUCUUUUCUCUGUGAAAAAUCGACAUUUUGGUGUUCAUAACGUGAAUAAAAAGAUCACACCGUAAUCAUGUCACAUUUAAGAUAUCAAAAGGAAUUGAGCAAUAUUACAAGAAUGGACGAAAAUAUAAAGGGUCCAGUUCCUAGAUGGCAGAAAAAAUGUCUGGAAUCUUCAAGUUCUAGCGUGAAUAUCAGUUUGAACAGUUCUCGCAAAGCCAUGAGUGCAUCCAUGGUUAAUAUAAGUACAGGAAAAACGCCAAGCAAGCGACCUGAGAUGCGCACCAAGAAAACUCCAUCCAAGGGAACUAAAAAAUCUCCCAGUCGAACUCAAACCACACCUGCUAAAACACCUAGUGGCGGUGACCGUUUUAUACCUUCACGCUCAACUACUAAUUUUGAUCUUGGCUAUUACAAGCUUCAGCAACAACAACCUGCCGAUCAAGAUCCUGAAAAAGUUGAUAGUAUAACACCUUCAAAACGCGAGAUGCAACGUCUCAUAGGUGAAAAUCUCCAUGGCGGAGACGUCAACAAUAUGAGAGUCCUGUCCUAUCAGAACAAAGCACCUGCACCUCCUGAAGGGUACCAAAAUCCAUUACGAGUCGUUUACAGUCAAUCCAAGACACCAGCCAGUGUCAAGGCUUCCACAAGAUACAUUCCUCAAGCUCCUGAUCGGAUUUUGGAUGCUCCAGACAUCGUUGAUGAUUAUUAUUUAAACUUGGUGGACUGGUCUCCAAACAACAUUUUAGCAGUAGCUUUGAGUGCCAACGUUUAUCUCUGGAACGCGGGUACCGGAACGAUAGAGCAACUUUUUGAGCUCGAAGGCAACGAUUAUGUUUGCUCGGUGGCUUGGAUUCAAGAAGGUCCAUAUUUAGCGGUCGGUACGACAGUGGGCAACACCGAGCUUUGGGAUUGCAGCCAAAUGAAGAGAGUACGAGUGAUGAACGGUCACGCCGCGAGAAUUGGCUCACUCGCUUGGAAUUCUCAUGUUUUGACGAGCGGUUGUCGUGCCGGACAAAUCGUACAUCAUGAUGUGAGACAACGAGAACACGUCGUCUCCUCGAUAAACGCUCAUGCUCAAGAAGUUUGUGGUUUGAAAUGGUCCCCGGAUGGGAAAUAUCUUGCAUCUGGCGGCAACGACAAUAUGCUGCAAAUUUGGUCCUCCAUCGCUGGUCACAAUCAUUCCCAUGGACAAGCUCUUUAUUCAUUGAAUCAACACCAGGCUGCGGUUAAGGCUCUUGCUUGGUGCCCGUGGCAGUCUAAUAUUUUGGCCAGUGGCGGUGGAACAGCAGAUAGAACUAUUAGAUUUUGGAAUUGUAAUACAGGUGCCUGUCUCAAUACGAUAGACACAAAAUCUCAGGUUUGUUCGUUACUUUGGUCAACUACCUACAAAGAGAUAGUAUCCGGGCACGGUUACGCCCAGAACCAAUUGACGAUAUGGAAAUAUCCGGCGAUGAGCAAAGUAGCAGAGCUUACAGGACACUCAAGCCGUGUAUUGCACUUGGCGAUGUCACCGGACGGCACUACAGUGCUGAGUGCUGGUGCGGACGAAACUCUUCGUUUAUGGAAAUGUUUCCAGCCUGAUCCCCACAAGAAGAAAGAGCCUACGGAGAUGAAGAGCGUUGCUUCGAAAUUUAAACAAUCGAUCCGAUAAUAAUCUAUCGGGAUUAACAAUAAUAGCGAAUCGUCAUUUGGAAUAUACGUUUCUCUCUUUUCUAUUUAUUUUUCGUACGAUUUCGUUAAUUUUCGUUUUUUCCAAGUAACUUUGCGAGGUCAACUAUCGUACGCAGCUCAAUAAAUAUAUACUUUUUGUGAUCUAUUUUUUUUUUUUCGAAAAAUGAGACUUCGGACGAUUUUUAUGCAAGCUAAAUCCGUCCGUGUGGCUGAAACGUCUAAGAUCGCAUGCCGUUUUACUGUCAAUGAUUAUUACAAAGUAUUGAAACAAAUGGAAACGGAACCGACGACGAAAUUCACUAGAGAAUGAGACAGCGUGAGAAAUUGAAAAUUUAACAUGAUUACAGUUUCUUUUUCAUGCGUUAAUGUAUGGUUGUAUUAUAUAAUGAAAUAUUUUUUUAUCGAUAGAGAAAAAAACGAUUUUUACUCUCUUAUUGUAACGAAAACUUGAUAAUAAAGAUCGUAGAUUUAAUUUUCAA